AUGAGGAUUUUCAGACUACAGAGACUGAACUGCUCUGCACCUACCUGGGCUUCUUCUGUGUUCCCUCUCAGGCUGAGCUCGAACUUCUACCAACAGAACCAUGUGUACUAGCCUGACCACUUGUGAGUGGAAGAAAGUCUUCUAUGAGAAGAUGGAGGUGGCAAAGCCAGCCGACAGCUGGGAACUCAUCAUAGACCCCAACCUCAAGCCCAACGAGCUGGCCCCUGGCUGGAAGCAGUACCUGGAGCAGCAGGCCUCUGGCAGGUUCCACUGCUCCUGGUGCUGGCACACCUGGCAGUCGCCCCAUGUGGUCAUCCUCUUCCACAUGUACCUGGACCGCGCCCAGCGGACGGGCUCAGUGCGCAUGCGCAUCUUCAAGCAGCUGUGCUACGAGUGCGGCACGGCGCGGCUGGACGAGUCAAGCAUGUUGGAGGAGAACAUCGAGAGCCUGGUGGACAACCUCAUCACCAGCCUCCGCGAGCAGUGCUACGACGAGGACGGCGGCCAGUACCGCAUCCACGUGGCCGGCCGCCCGAACAGCGGGCCGCACCGCAGCGAGUUCUGCGAGGCCUGCCAGGAGGGCAUCGUGCACUGGAAGCCCAGCGAGAAGCUGCUGGAGGAGGAGGCGACCACCUACAACUCUGGUGCCACUAAGUCAAGGGCACAGGAGGGCUGGGGCUACAACUUCUUCUCCCUUCGCUGGUGCGUCUUCGCAGCCUCCCUCUGCGUGCUUAUUGUCUACCUGCAGUACUCCUUCCGCAGCUCUGUGCUCUUUUAG